AUGAGACGUCACCUUGACGUUGACGGAUAGCACUAAAUCUUCGAACUUUGUUGGUCUUGGUGAAAAUUUCUAUAGCAGGUUUAGUGGUAAAUUUAUGUGAAAAUGGCUUCAGUGGAUGAAUUGCAGAAGAAAAUAAAAGAGCUUGAGGCUAAAUUAGCCGCAGUUGAAGCAAAAGGAGGUCCAAUGCGGCAGAAAAUUGAAGUUAUGUCGUCCGAAGUAGUGGAUUCUAAUCCCUACAGUCGUUUAAUGGCUCUCAAAAGGAUGGGCAUUGUAAACAACUAUGAACAGAUCCGUGAGAAGACUGUAGCUGUAGUUGGUGUGGGAGGUGUCGGUAGUGUGACUGCUGAAAUGCUGACUAGAUGUGGAAUUGGGAAGCUUAUCCUCUUUGACUACGACAAAGUAGAACUUGCCAACAUGAACCGGCUGUUCUUCCAGCCUCACCAAGCAGGGCUCAGCAAGGUGGAUGCAGCUGCUGCCACAUUACAGAACAUUAACCCUGAUGUCACCAUUGAUGCUUACAACUAUAAUAUCACAACUGUUGAUAACUUUCAAAAGUUCUGCGAUACAAUUAGUAAGGGUAGUUUAACCGGUGGCACCGUUGACCUAGUCCUUAGCUGCGUGGACAACUUCGAAGCUCGCAUGGCCAUCAAUACAGCUUGCAAUGAACUCGAUCAGAAGUGGUUUGAGUCUGGUGUUAGUGAGAAUGCUGUCUCUGGACACAUACAAUUCAUUUCACCUGGGGAGUCGGCUUGUUUCGCCUGCGCUCCUCCGCUGGUGGUGGCCACUAAAGUAGACGAACGCACGCUGAAGCGGGAGGGAGUGUGUGCGGCCAGUCUACCGACCACCAUGGGGAUCGUCGCGGGAUUCCUUGUACAAAACACUCUGAAGUAUCUAUUGGAGUUCGGUAAUGUCACCCACUACCUGGGAUACAGCGCGCUCACCGAUUUCUUCCCCACGAUGAGUUUGAAGCCCAACCCCACGUGCGACGACGCGUCGUGCCGCGCGCGCCAGGAGCAGCGCCGCCUGCAGCCGCGUGUGGAGCUCGCCGCCGAGGUCACCGAGGACUGCGGACCAGUGCACCAGGACAACGACUGGGGGAUAAGCGUACUCGAGGAGAACAGUCCCGCGGACGAGGACUGCCCGGGGCUGAAGCUUGUGGACGGAGUCCAGGUGGCGUACAGUAUCCCGGUGGAUAGCAGCACCCCGGAGUCCAGCACGGGCGGCGCCGUGGCCGCCUCGGAGCUGUCGCUGGAGGACCUCAUGCAGCAGAUGAAGACGAUGUAGACUGCUCAACCGACCACCGCGAACUGUUGCUCCAACAUCGACCCGGGACGUGAAUUGUACCGACAUAUCGUAGAGCGCGGAGUGACGUCAUCAUUAACACGUCACUAUUGUCACUACAUAGUAUAAAACAAAGUCGCUUUCUCUGUCCCUAUAUCUGUCUGUCCCUAUGUAUGCUUAAAUCUUUAAAACUACGCAACAGAUUUUGAUGCGGAUUUUUUUUAAUAGAUGGAGUGAUUGAAGAGGAAGGUUUAUAUGUAUAAUAACAUCCAUUAAACAGUGGAGAAAUCAAUAAUAAAUUACAGUUUCCGAAGCGAAGCGAGGGCGAGUUGUUAGAGGUCGCUAGUUGUUAAUAAACCGCUAGACUCGAAGAGUGCGAGAAUCUAUAUCACACGUACAGUUGUGUUUAUUCAUUAAGUUCCACCAGCCUCGUAACAAGUUCUGUAGUGGCUCGCGCAGUCAAUGUGUGAUUGUGUCAAUAUUUACAGAACUUCAAAUAAAAACUUGAAAUUUUCAAGUUUGUGAUUGUACCAUGUGAGGUCGCGAUUGACAAUGUAUUGAUAAAUAAACAGAUUGACGCGCUAUUCCGAAUAUAAACUGAUACAGAACAGUAAUAAACAUUUCAAUAUACCACAUAUAUAAAUUGUGUGUAUAUUUUAAAUGUAAUUUAUAAAUACCUAAUUUGAAUAUUUAAUACAAUUAUUUGAAAAUAAAUUUUUGAAGUGAAACUUCCUUAUCGGCGUUGGAAAAAAAUUUACCGUCACAUUUUUCGGUUACGCGUCACUUUUUUCCGUUACGCGCCAUCUGUUUUGUAUUCAUGUCUAUGAUAAUAAAAUCCUUUUGUUUAAACUUUAUCUAAUUUAACUUUUUUGUAUUCAUGUCUAUGAUAAUAAAAUCCUUUUGUUUAAACUUUAUCUAAUUUAACUUUAUUUAACCAAUUUCUAGAAAGUUGCAUGUAGAUCAUUUUUCGAAAAAUAAGGCCAUAAACAAGUUUCACUUCUUACGUGUGUACACUAGUACACGCACACAUUUUAUUAUUCGAUGAUUAUUACAAAAUAUAUACCCAUAAAAUUCAAUGUUGGAGCAACACUAUAUUAAAAUGGAAUAUCCUAUUGUAUUCUGUAUGUAAAUGUUGUCUUCUGUAUACGUAGAUUGAUAUAAUAUAGAGGUGUGUUUUUAUAAACGCUAUGCCGGAGACUGCAAGUGGUUUUCAAAUAAAAAUAUAUUUAAUGAUGCCAAAUUAAUAAAAAAAUAUUUAUAUAAAAACAACAUCCUUUGUUGCCGAUCUAGAUCUGGGUUAAAUCUCACUUUUUUUGCUAUCGUUGCUCUGGCUUCGCUUCUUUUUACGCAAUAUCGCACGUAUUCAAACCUCUCAAUAAGAUAUAAAAUUAGUUUCAUGUAAUUAUCGGAUUCCACCAUCCUGAAUAACUUUACUACCUUCUUAGUUAUGGACGAAUUAAUUGUAUAUAAAUUCGCGACUGACAUAGGCCCAAUAAUGUAGUGAAAUAAUAAAUUUCAUUAAAUUCAAAACUAUAUGUCUACUGAGUAUACAGUCUGUGAAAAGACUACGUGAAAUUUGAAAAAUUUGAAAACUUGGUAUGCGAAUUUCAAUAUCUAAAAGUAGAAUUCGCUAAAAUGUGUUUAUUUAGCUUCGCCUGUAGUAGGUAGGAUAGCCGCCUCCGAGCCGCCUCAGCGUCGCGAGCGAUGCCGAUGUUUGCUGGCGGCGCGCUGCCUCGUGUAAUGUUACAAAUGUUAAAUUCCAAUUACGACAAUAAGAAUAUCAAACGAACUACAUUAGAGCACAAAUUUGAUUGUUAUAAAAUUGUUUGUAUAUAUAUUGAUGUGUUUUGUCGUAUCGCGUCGGAAGUUCUUCGAUAUAACGACGGUGCUUUUUUUUAUUUUAUUUUUAUAUUCUCGUGUCUAAGUUUACUUAAGAUGUGUGUAAGUCCCACACUUAAAAUAUAUUUUUUAUUUCCUUCGUUGUGAUUAAUAUAUUUUAUAUACUUUUGUACAUGUUGUAAUGUAAUGCGCUUGCUAAAUGUAAUUUACAUAAUUGUAAGUUUUUGUAUGCUUUUUUAAUGAAAGCGUAAUUUUUUGUAACAGCUUCUGAAUGUGGUUGUGCUAUGUAAUUGAAUAAGAAGUUACUAGAUAGACGCCAAGCUUUUUUUUUAUCUGUAAGUACACGAUUCUCUGUAAACAUCGGUCUAUGGUGUAGAUUAGUCUUGCCUUAAACUUUUUGUCAUCAGUUAUAAGCAACAGUUAUAAGCAACGUUUAUCAUUAUUUUUAUUGAAUUAUUUCAUUUAUAUUAAUUUUAAUUAAUUUCAUUUUUGAGACCGUAAACUUAUUCAGUUAAAGAAAUAUAUAGAGAUAUGAAUAUAUAUAUAGAAAAAAGUAGUAUGAGGUCCUCAUGCAGCUUGGCGUUAGUGAAAUUGGUCACAAAAUGCUAUUUUAUUUCGUGACAGCGGAUGCGCGUGAAACUAAACAUUCCGGCUUGUGAAUUGUGUACGCUUAAAUUAUAUAAAGUAACAACAAUAUAAUAACUAUUAUAUCAAAGUAUUGAAUGUUAAUAAGUAUAUAAAAAGGCAAUUUUUUUUUUCUUUUCCAUUCGUUAUUUUAUUAUUUCAGCCAUUUGGUUACGAUGUUCUAGUGCUUAUAAACGAAAACAAUGAAUCAAUAAAAUUGAUGUCUUGUGUUUUUAUAAAUUGAAUUUGGUGUAUUUAAUCUUUAAAAAUACUAAACUGAAAUAUUAAUUUAUAUUUUAUAUUAUUGUUAAUUUAGCUAAGAUUAAAAAUAUCAAAAUGUGAAAUAGAGAAAAUAUGAUGUAUAUUAUGUGUAAUUAAAUAAUGUCCUUUAAAAUAA